AUGGACGCCAGAUCGUUUGAGGGCCCUAUGGACUGGGAAUAUCAGGACAACGGCCCUCUAGACCCAACCAGCCCUUUUGCGCAAGCUGCCAAGAAUAUACAACGGAGCGCUGUCGGAUCACCGUUCAAAACAGCCCGACCCCCGAAUCCCUUCGCGCACCCUCAGUCACCAUCAAAAUCGCAGUUCAGCCUUCCUCAAACAUCUCAGUUUACGCCCCAGCUGUCGUCGAGAAAUACAGCGCCCCCAUUCCGAAACCCCGCGUUUACAACUCCUAGAAAGCCCGUCGAUGAAGUCGUCUUUUCCGAGGCAUCUGGUGCGGAGGACAGCCCGGCAGCCGCAGAGGUUUCGGACUAUCCAAACGACACCCCAGAGGUAGACCGUAAAGCCGACGUCUCCAUGGGCGCAACUAUCACGCCCCUCAAAAUUGACAAGUCUUCUCGCUAUGGAAAGUCCAGUUCCAAGAAGCACCUUUCAGGGAAGGGAGAAAUUCGAGCGCAUCGCGACCUCAAUGUGUCGAUGCGAAAACGGAAACGGCACAACUUGGACAAGGAUGUCGGCAGCAUUGCUCGGCACAGUGGCUAUGAAGACGACUCCUGCGACUCGGGUUCGGACUCGGACGCUGUUGGCGGCGCUCGGAGGUCCAGAAGUCGCUCAAAGGGCAAGGGAGAUUCCCGCGGGGGAAGGGGAUAUUUCGAGUCCCUCUUCUACGCACUCAACAAGUACCCCAAUACUCCAGAUCACAUGCAAAGAUGGAUGCAACUUGGCGCCAACGUCUUUCUGGUUUCUGUGUUGACGUAUGUCAGCUGGUCCGUCGUGAGCACCAUUCGGACGGAUAUCUCCAACGCCAACAUGGCGGCGCACCAAAAGAUAGUCAGCUCAAUGGACGCUUGCCGCCACGACUACACAAUCAACGACUGUGCAAACAACAACAAACCGGCUUUGAGCAAGCCAUGCAGCGAGUGGUAUGAGUGCAUGAUGCAAGAUCCCGACGCCAUCAUGAGGGUCAAGGUUACCGCAAAACAAGUAGCCGAAAUAAUCAACGAGUUUACCGAAACGAUGCAUCUCAAAGCAUGGGGCGUCAUUGUGGCCAUCAUAGCGAUAUGCUCGACGGUCAACUUCAGGGCAUUCAGUCGGUCACACGGACACAGGGGAAUGCACCCUACGCCAUCUCAACCAGCAGGAGACGUGCAGGACAAUGUCAGGUCUCCCGGGAUUACACCCGGCUACAUGCUCGUCCCGGUACAGACGCCGAGGAUGCAGCGGCAGGCAUUGUUGGAUGAGGGAACCGACACAGACAAUUCCCCCAUCAACAUGAAACCCUAUCACACGCCGGCAGGGCGGCGAAGCCCUAGCAAAGUGAACAGUCAAUCAAGUCCCAUCAAGUAUGGACUAGGUCCAAGCAAGGGAUAUUAA